AUGCCUCAUGCACUAUUAAACAAAAUCAAUGCUGCAGCUAGACCUGAAGAACAACAACGUUUAUCAAAAAUUACAGCAAAUCGUUCACUAGCUGCGUAUGUUUUACCAAUUCGUACAGUCGGAGUACAAGGUGAUCAUCGUACUUAUAGUUAUGCUUGUGCAUUAUCUAGUUCAACUGCACCAGAUUGGGAUGCUCUAUCAUUUUUGGCUAAUUUAAUUCCACGUAUAUGUCAUAACAUUAAUCGAGUGGUCUAUAUAUUAGGAUCACAAGUUGUUCAUCCAGUCAAUGAUAUUACAAUCACAUACCUUCGAGAACCGGUGAUUAAUACACUUCGAGAAGUGGAUGAUAAAGUUAUGACAGUGUUACAAAACAAUGGUUGUAUGAAUAAUGUUGAUCAAAUGCCAGUUGUUCUUAUACCGAUUCAUUUUGAUCGUGAUCCAAGUCAAGUAGUAUCGAUUCCGUCUAUUUUACGAUCAAUUGUACUUAGACCUGUGAAAUCAGCUGAUUUCAUGACAUGUAUUGCUGCUAUUCCCGGUGUUCAUAUUCCUGAAGAUGUUGUUUACAAGAUGCAAAAAGCAGCUGAAGAAGUACCAGGCAUAUCACGUGUUCUAUACGAUCUCACGUCGAAACCGCCAGCAACUAUUGAAUGGGAGUAAUAUAUAUAUAUAUAUAUAUAUA